GAGGAUGCGGGCGGGGCGGGCGCGCUGCCGUUCCCGGGUCGGGCAGCUAGAGAGCAGUGCAGGGAGCGCCAGCCCCCGCCGCCAGCCGCCUUCCUGUGGGCAAGGCCGACCGCCGCGCCGAGCGCCGGCCCGGGCCCGGCCCGGCCGCCCCCGCGCCGCUCGCCCAUGGCGGAGACCAAGAUCAUCUACCACAUCGACGAGGAGGAGACGCCGUACCUGGUGAAGCUGCCCGUGCCGCCGGAGAAAGUCACGCUGGCCGAUUUCAAAAAUGUCCUCAGCAACCGGCCCGUGCACAGCUACAAGUUCUUCUUCAAGUCCAUGGACCAGGAUUUCGGGGUGGUGAAGGAAGAGAUCUCAGAUGACAAUGCAAAGCUCCCUUGCUUCAAUGGAAGAGUGGUGUCCUGGCUGGUCCUGGCUGAGAGCUCCCACUCGGACACGGGCUCGCAGUGCACCGAGAGCCACGCGGAGCUGCCACCGGCCCUGGAGAGAACCGGCGGCAUCGGCGACUCCCGGCCCCCCUCCUUCCACCCCAACGCUGCCAGCAGCAGGGACGGGCUGGACAAUGAGACGGGAACCGAGUCCGUGGUCAGCCACCGGCGCGAGCGGCACCGCCGCAGGAACCGCGAGGGCCACGAGGACGCCCCCAGGAUCAACGGGCACCCCAAGCUGGAGCGGCACCGGGAGCACCCCCCAGGCUACGACAGCUCCUCCACCGUGCUGAGCAGCGAGCUGGAGUCCAGCAGCUUCAUCGACUCCGAGGACGAGGAGCACACCAGCAGGUUGAGCAGCUCCACGGAGCAGAGCACCUCGUCCCGGCUCAUCCGCAAGCACAAGCGCCGGAGGAGGAAACAGAGGAUGCGGCAGAUCGACAGGUCGUCCUCGUUCAGCAGCAUCACUGACUCCACCAUGUCCCUAAACAUCAUCACUGUCACACUCAACAUGGAAAAAUACAACUUCCUGGGAAUCAGCAUUGUGGGGCAGAGCAAUGACCGGGGCGAUGGUGGCAUCUACAUCGGCUCCAUCAUGAAAGGAGGGGCGGUGGCAGCGGACGGGCGCAUCGAGCCAGGGGACAUGCUGCUGCAGGUGAAUGAUGUUAAUUUUGAGAACAUGAGCAAUGAUGAUGCCGUUCGGGUUUUACGGGAAAUCGUCUCCAAACCAGGACCUAUCAGCCUAACAGUAGCCAAAUGCUGGGACCCUACUCCCAGGAGUUAUUUCACCAUCCCCAGGGCUGAGCCGGUGCGGCCGAUCGACCCCGCGGCGUGGAUCUCUCAUACCACGGCCAUGACGGGAGCGUACCCCCGUUACGGUAUGAGCCCCUCCAUGAGCAUCACCACAUCUACCAGCUCCUCACUAACAAGCUCAAUUCCCGAGUCGGAAAAAUUAGAAGAAUCUCCCUUAACUGUGAAGAGUGACAUGGCUACUAUUGUCAAGGUCAUGCAGCUGCCAGACUCAGGCCUUGAAAUUCGGGACAGGAUGUGGUUAAAAAUCACCAUUUCCAACGCAGUGAUAGGAGCAGACGUGGUGGACUGGCUUUACACCCACGUGGAAGGCUUCAAGGACCGCCGUGAGGCCAGGAAAUACGCCAGCAGCAUGCUGAAACACGGCUACCUCAGGCACACUGUGAACAAAAUCACCUUCUCAGAGCAGUGCUACUACGUCUUCGGAGACCUCUGUGGCAAUCUGGCUGCACUGAACCUCAACAACGGUUCCAGCGGCGCCUCGGACCAGGACACCCUGGCUCCACUGCCACACCCCGCUGCUCCCUGGCCCUUGGGCCAAGGAUAUCCCUACCAGUAUCCUCUGCCCCCUCCUUGUUUCCCACCAGCCUACCAAGACCCAGGCUUUAGCUAUGGCAGUGGCAGUGCAGGCAGCCAGCAAAGUGAAGGGAGCAAAAGCAGCGGCUCCAACCGGAGCACCAGCGAGACCAGCAGGAGAGGAGCGGGCAGGGAGAAGGAGCGCAAGUCCGGGGGCAGCGGCAGCGAGUCGGAGCCCGGCGCGCGCCGCGAGCGGCCGCUCAGCCAGCUCAGCCAGCGCUCCGCCAGCGACAGGAGCCACCAGAGCCACCACUCCUACGGGCCCCCGGGGCUGCCCCCCUUGUACAGCCUCCCCAAGCUGGGCUCCAAGGGGCUGGGCAGCAGCGGCCCGCCCGGAGCGCCGCCGGUGCGCGAGCUGAGCGCCGUGCCGCCCGAGCUCACCGGGAGCCGCCAGUCCUUCCAGAAGGCCAUGGGCAACCCUUGCGAGUUCUUCGUGGACAUCAUGUGAGAGGAAGUGCCUUCAAAAGACUCUUGGUUUUUUUGUUUUUAGUGGGUGGGUUGUGGGGCGCUCAGUUGGAAGAGGCUUGGCUGUCUUGCAUGUCACACCUUUCUGUUCGCCAGCGCGUCACACGAAACAGCAAAAAAAUCGGCAAAACUCAACAAAAAAAAGGAAAAAAAAUACAAACCCCGCCCCCCUGGCCUACAGAAAUGAACAACAAAAUCUCCUGGGAUUGUUAAAUAUCAGCAAAUCGACGGCAUCUUUUCGUUAUGUUUAUUUUUUUCUCCCCUCCCCAUCUCGUUUUGGAUCGUGGAUGGCUGGUGUAUAUUCACAUCUUGAUGAGCUUUGGUCAUUGUGGCACCUACUUCAGUGGAAUUAGUGUCUCUUGCUGGGCUGAAUGCAGGACUGGUAUUUCACAUGACUUCUAAAUUCCUGACAAUGCAUAGGAGCACUUUGAUUUUUUUUUUCCCCUGCUUUUUCUCUUGCAAGGACAAAAGGACUGCUGGCUGGUAUCUGGGAUACUGCCUUGGAAUGCUGAUUUUUGGAUGCAUCCAUAGCUCUAAGCAGACGUGGCACCCACAAGUGCUUGGAAAGGAGCAGGAUCCAACCAAUUCCUAGAGGAAAACAAAGUUGUGGCUACUUUCUGCUGACUAGGCAGUAUAAAUCAAUCUUUUUUGGAUUCUUUAAGGGGCUUUUUUUUGAGAUAUUCUAUCAAGGGAGUGCUGGAGUCUUGCUACUGUAUGUGUUCAUUGUGCAGAACUUGUAAAGUUGUUUCCUUCAGUUAUUUCCUUAUUUCCCAAGAGUGAUUUUCCAGCUGCACUCGGUUCCUGGGCAUUUCAGUCACAUCCCUGCUGCCAGGUGUGGCUGUUCCCUCUGAUGUGCACUUGCUUGCAGGUUGGAAGAGUUAUUCCCACAGAAAUAGGAGAAUGGCUGCAGUUCUGUCAGCUCUGCCCUUUUGAAGGGGCUCUUUAUCCCAUUCCAGCAGAGAAAUCCUGGCUCCCACUGGGACGUGGCUCUUCUCUGUGAUCCCUCCUUCCUUUCUGAGCACAAUCUUUCUCUUUUUUGUUGAAACAGAGACCUGGAGAUGUCUGAUCCCCCAGGGAACAUUUCUGAGCACAGUGGAAGAGAGGUGUGAGGGUGUCUGGGAACAGACCAGAAAUGGUACAAAAAGAAAUCCUUACCCUGACACUGAGUUAGACCCACCCUGGAGCUCCCCAAAAAUAAAUCCUUACCCUGACUCUGAGUUAGAGCCACUCUGGAGCUCCUCACAGAGAAAUCCUUUUCAAAUUCUCAAAAACAAAGCCCUGACUCCUCCUCCUGCAGAGGAGCUCUGCUGUCGAAUAUCCCCAGGAUUUACUUUCUGGCUGUUUUCUGCUCUGAGGCUGUAAAAGUAAAUUCCAGCAGCUUCAGGGAUGCUUAAGAAGCUUUUUUAAGGUAUUGUGAGCACAGCCAUGCUCCCAUGUGGCUCAUUUAAUGAGCCAGGAGCUGCUCUGGCAUUUGACCAUGGGGCCAUUCCUCAGUUAAAUCCUCUUUUGUGAGAUCCCUACAGCUGGCAGGAUUUAGGACAGGUGCUUUAAAAUCAGUUUUUUACUGUAAAUAAGAAUUUUCUUCACUGGUAAGAAGCUUCUUUUUGGGUAAAUAGCCAAAAUGACUCACAAAAUGUCCAUUUCAUUCUGAUUUUUCACUUCUUUCCUUUUUCCCACCUCCCUUUGUCAGAGACUCCAGAUGUCUGUGGGAAUGGGAGACUCAAUUUCUCCUUCCACAGGGAGCCAGGAAUUUGGGAAACUCUCACUCAGCCCAUUUCUGGCCUUCUAAAUUAAUUUUCUUUACUAAAACCUCCCCCCAAAAAAAGCUGCCCAAGGCUUCUGAAAGCAGAGCUUUCAUCACUACCUAUGGAUGGCUCCAAAAGAGGCCCUGCCUAAAGCUCGACUGUACAACAGGAGUUUUCUUUUCCUUCCUUCCUCCUCCCAGAUGCAAACCUGACUUGAGAAAUUAUUCUGAAAGAUUGACACUUAAAUCAGGGUAAAAUAGUGGUGGAAUUCUGUUCUGUCUCCAGGAGACACUGCUGAGCAGUCUGUGACUUUUCUGACAAUCACUAGUGGUUCUACUUUUAAAUUAAUUGAGAUUUUUUUUCUGGCUUCUUAUAAAUUAUGAUUUCUCUGGCCCUGUUUGUUUUAAGGCAGAACUCAGAGAGCUGGAGUUUAAAAAAAAAAAAAUCUCCUUUUAAUGUUUCCAAAAAGGGGAUUAAAGCUGGGAGCUGAACUUUUUUCACUUGGAAAUGUUUAAUUUCCAAGCGUUGCAGUUUACACACCUGCUGGGGGUUUGGUUUUGUCUCGUGGUUUUGCUGUUGGCAGAAACUGUUCUGUGUCUUGCUGGUCUUUGCUGCUAUGUUGAAAAAUUACUUUUUUUUUUUUUUUUUUUUAAUGUGUGUGCUCGUGGGUCGCCCUGGACGAGGUUGUGAGUCCCCAGCAGAUGUGGGAAUUGUUUGUUGAGGAAAUGAGGCUGGAGGAGCUUCCCCCACUGCAGGGAAAGGAGGGAGCAUUGCCCCUCUGGAACAGUGCAAUAUUGAGCAGUGACACAAAAAUCUGCAUUUCCCUCCCUGUGCAGAGGCUGGGCUGAAGGUCAGGUCUGAAUCUCUGCCAGAUCUGUUUCCUCGAGGGAAGAAAAAUGAGAUUUCCCAAAUCCCAUCCUUGGCUUCCAUCCUUUGUGACUUUCCAGCUUUGCCCUGCUGGGCACAGCAUUCCCUGCAGGAACUGUGCCCACAGUGGGAAUUGUGCCAGGGGGAAGGAAAUUUGGAGGCUGGAGUGCUGCAGACCCAGCAUUUCUUGAAUUCUGAAAUUAAAUUUUGAUGGAAUGGCUCCAGGGAGAGCUUUGCUGUGCAGGGCAUGGGAACACCCUCAGAACAGGAGCCCAAAGGAAUUGGACUAAAGUAAUUCUUGGAUUGCUUUUUAAAAUGCAGGAAUUUUUAUUCUGCAGCUGAGCUCAGUGCUCACCCUCCCUGCAGCAGGGAUGGAUGUCUGGGGGAUCCUGGAAAAGGGGGAGGAAACACUUUGGGGUGACUUUUCCCACCCCAAGAGGCAGAAUCUGCAGGGGGAGUGUCUCCACCCAAUAUUUGAACCCUGAAGAGGAAAUUUUUAUGGCAAAUAGUCUUAAAAGCAUGCUGGUGUGUCUUUUACCUCCUGUUAAUAAAUCUGCUUUUCCAAGGAAUCAGUGCCCUGGACACUUUAUCCAAAGGUUUUAUUGGAUGGCAAGCAAUGAUGCACAGAUGUUGAUUUUUGCUAUGAUUUUUGUCCUCUCUGAUUUUUGUUCUCUCCCCUCCUGAGACUUGACAGCUCAUGGGUUGAUGUAAUUGUUUUGGAUUUUUGUUUUGUUUUGUUUUGCAUUUAACUGGAUUGUAAUAAGAUUGACUUAAAAUUAUUAAUUCUAAUCAGUGAUUAGAAAUACAUGUAAAAAAUUUUAUGUACAGUAGAGGAACAAAGUGACAUGAUUUUAAAUAAUGAAAACCCAGACUAUCACCUAUCCUAGAACUGGUUCUACUCCAAGAGUGACCUCUUAUUAGCAUGGACUGCACUGUUCCUGUUAAAUGUCUAUUGCAUAAUUGAAUUCUUUUUUGUAGAUAUUGUAUUAAAACCCAAGUGUCUGUAUAGUUAAUAUAUAGCUGCUUAUGUGUAAAUGCUAUUUUAAACACUAAAAAGCUUUUAAUUUUAUGUGAUAA